AUUGAUCCUAAUGAACCGACUUACUGUUACUGCAAUCAAGUAGCGUUUGGUGACAUGGUGGCCUGUGAUGGGGAGAACUGCGAGAAAGAAUGGUUUCAUUAUGCAUGUGUUGGCCUUAUAGAACCACCUGCAGGAAAAUGGUUCUGUAAUGACUGUACAGAAGAUACCCGAUCAAGA